GGAGCUGUGGAACGGCGCGCUUUUCAACCGCCAUGAGCCUGUGGGUGGACAAGUAUAGGCCCAGCGCCCUCAGCCGCCUGGAUUUCCACCGCGAGCAGGCGGCGCAGCUCCGCAGCCUGGUGAGGAGCCAGACCGUUCCCUUCAGGACCCAAUUCUGCGGGUUGGCCCUGCAGGGGUCGUGGCGCGGGGUGAACGACGUGCGGUGGUCUGGCGUUCCCCGUGCUGGACGUGGGAGGGGUCGAUACUCUUGAAAGCAGGGCUUUACCUAACGUUAGGCGGAGCUCUGAAGUGAGCCGCCAUGAAACCUGGGGCUGUGAAGUUGUGAGGGUUAAGGGAGACAGUCGAGGUCAGGCUGGAGCGGCUCUGAGCACCUGAUGGAGCUGAGUGUGUGUAUAUAUUCCAUCUGUUCAGUGUGGUGACUUCCCUCAUCUGCUGGUGUAUGGGCCAUCAGGAGCUGGAAAGAAGACAAGGAUAAUGUGUUUGUUAAGAGAAUUAUAUGGUGCAGGUGUGGAGAAACUGAGGAUUGAGCAUCAGAGUAUAACGGCACCUUCUAAAAAGAAAAUUGAAAUUAGCACGAUUGCGAGUAAUUACCACCUUGAAGUUAACCCAAGUGAUGCUGGAAAUAAUGACCGUGUAGUGAUUCAGGAACUCUUGAAGACAGUAGCACAAUCCCAGCAACUUGAAACAAGUACUCAACGAGACUUUAAAGUGGUGCUGUUAACAGAAGUCGACAAACUCACUAAAGAUGCCCAGCAUGCUUUGCGAAGAACGAUGGAGAAAUACAUGGCAACCUGCAGACUUAUCCUGUGCUGCAACUCUAUAUCAAAAAUUAUAGGACCUAUUCAAAGCAGAUGCCUGAGUGUACGUGUGCCUGCUCCCAGCAUUGAAGAUAUCUGUCACGUGUUGUCCAGUGUGUGUAAGAAAGAAGGCCUGAAUCUGCCUCCGGAACUGGCUCAAAGGCUUGCAGAGAAAUCUGGCAGGAAUCUUCGGAAAGCACUGCUUAUGUGCGAGUCUUGCAGAGUACAACAGUAUCCUUUCAGUGCUGAUCAAGACAUUCCUGAGAUGGACUGGGAAAUUUAUCUGAGAGAAACUGCAAACGCUAUUGUCAGUCAACAGUCACCUCAAAGACUUCUAGAGGUCCGUGGACGGCUCUAUGAACUCCUAACACACUGCAUUCCUCCUGAGAUUAUAAUGAAGGGUCUCCUGACAGAACUUUUGAAUAACUGUGAUGGACAACUGAAAGGAGAAGUUGCACAGAUGGCAGCCUUCUAUGAACACCGCUUGCAACUGGGCAGCAAAGCCAUUUAUCAUCUUGAAGCAUUUGUAGCAAAGUUUAUGGCAAUUUACAAGAAAUUUAUGGAGGACGGACUAGAUGACAUGAUGUUCUAAGCCUGAUACCUGAAGUUGUAUACAGAAUGUUGUAUCAUAGGUAUGCCAUGUUAGUUUUUUUCUGUCCAUGUCUGUUGGCACGUGAGUCAAGUUCAAAGUCAAAUAUUGUAUUCCAUUAUGGAUAUAAACCACAAUGAACUAAAGAACGGUGUUCAGUUUUGGAAACCAGGUGGAUUGUUUAACAGCAUCAGUAGAUCUAUGGAAAAUACUUUGUGCUUUCAGAAAAGCAAAAGAUUGCCUCUGAAGAUGGAUAAGAUGGUAGUCUACUUGUAGUAUUUGUAAGCUUACAUUAAGGAGAACAUGCUUUUUGCUUUUUUUCAUUUUCAGGGCCAGAGCUGUUAGCAAGAUGUAUAUCCAUGUUGUAAAUUGCUGUUUGAGCAUAUAUGUAUAUAUUUUGCCUACUCAUAUAUCUCAUUGUUUGUCUGUUUUUGUUUUUUUGUUUUAGCCACAAUAUUGUCAGUGAUGUGGUGACACAUUGUUUUCUGAGUCAUGUUUGUAAGCAGUUGUGUUGAAAUUAGAUGAGUAAUACUUUUGUCUUGCUUUUAAGUCAGUUGGACAACAUCAAACUUUGUUUAAAAGGAAUAUGCCCAUAUUAAGUAAGACCACAUGCCAGCUGACACUUUCAUGUUAGUUCCAGCACACAUAACUGCUCAGGUAAAGAUUAUUCCUUUGACUCUGGUAUAAUCAGCGAUAAGGUUUCAAAUUUUAACAAGUACAUCUUUUUAAGAAGUGGAAGAAAAGAAUGUGAACUGCAGAUUAAAUGCUGAAUAAGUGUUUUAUGCCAUGUAGAUGAUUACCUUAAACUCUUAAACCAGGUAUAUGCAUUCGUUUACUUUGAUGUAAACUGUCUUUCAGAAAAGUGGAGCAAUACUCCCUAGUGUAAGUCUUCCAGGAAACAUCAAAGUAAAGGAAGCUAUACCAAUUUGUUCUGCAGGUCUUUCAUAUGUUAUUCCUAUGUACUGUGGUUUCCCUAACAUUGACUAAAUUAAUGCUAUUUGUCACUCUCACUUGUCUGAUUUAGACAACUGCUGGAUACUUGGAAAAAAAGAUUAUAUAGAAAUGAAUUAAAUUCCUAGUUGCCUCUCCUCAUUCAUAGACUUUGGAAGCUUGAGCAUUCAUGUGUGUUCUGUUAAUACACAUCUUACCUUCCUGUUCAGUGCUAGUGUGCUUUAUACUGAACUGGUUUUGUGAUUGAGGAAGUUUAGAGGAUGGACUUUCUCUUCCGUCUGCUCUUGUACCACAAAUCCACAGCACUGUGAGAAUCCAGACUGACUGAUGGAGGUCCCAGAAUACUCGUUUUGUUAAUUCUGAAGUAAGUUAGCAGAAUCAGUAUUUGUGGAGCUCAAAUAUUUUACAAGAGAGAGCACAGGACUGGGAAAGGGGGGCAUAACUACUAUGUGUACUAAUUGCCUGCUCUUUCAGGAGGCUAGUCUAUACCCAUUUUCAAAACCAAACAAUACUUGCUUAUUGCCCACUGUAACUCAAGGAAGUCACGACAGGGCUAAGUAACACCGCUUAUAAAUAUUUGCUUGCUUUUACUUUUAAUCCACUCUCUGUGGAAAGAGUGUAAUAAUGGAAAGGGUAUGAAAGGCAUCACGACUUGGAAAACUUAGUGACACCUGCCUCCCUCUUCCCAUCCUGUCUAUGAGUUAAAGCAGUUUUCUGUUCUUCAUCAUUUAUCUAUUACUGUGUUUUAAAAUUGUAUCAUCUGUGGUUUAACAUCCUGCUCUGUGAAUCAUUCUCAUAAAUUAAGCAGGAUCAGUACUGACAUGGAGAAGAGAGAGCAGAUAUUUCAGUUGGAGACAGUGGUUUCUUGCUUCAAAAGAUCUCACCUGCUCAAUGUAGAAGUUUAAAAUCCCAA